CUUCUUCUUCUCUCUCUCUCUCUCUCUCCCACAACUUUGACGACUACCCGCCAUUUCUACGUCUCUUCGCUGUCUCUCUCUCUCUCUCUUCUCUCUCUGUCUCCCAAAUCAAAUGAGACGAACUCCGUCGUACGGACGCCACCGCAACUCCAGCUCCGAUGCUCGGAGCACGCCUGACCGCUUUCCCUACUCGCCUACCCCCUCAUCCUACUCCGACGCAUCCACUGCACGCAAGUCCACCUCCGGCCAGAGCGCAGUCGCAGUCGCAGCUCGCUCCGUCGUCGGAGUCUUCGUCGGCUGCUUCACUCCUCCCGAGACCAAGAGCUCCGCUAGCUUCGGCGACUCCGAGGAGUUCAAACCUCGCUCUGUGUUUUCGGACGCAUCUGGAGCUGGGAGUGAGAGGAGACGCAGUUCUGGUUCGAGUCGGGGAGCUUACGCCAGUUCGAAUAACUCGAGACGUGAGAGACAGGCUGGGUGUGUCAAGUUCACCAUGGAUGAAAUCUACAGGGCUACAAACAACUUCUCUCCCUCUUCCAAGAUCGGACAAGGCGGCUUUGGGACGGUUUACAAAGGGAGGCUUGAAGACGGGACCUUAGUUGCUAUUAAGCGUGCCAAAAAGAGUGUGUAUGACAAGCAUUUGGGUGUGGAAUUCCAGAGUGAGAUUCAAAUGCUGUCGCAGGUGGAGCAUUUGAGCCUGGUCAAGUUUUAUGGGUAUGUGGAGUAUGAAGAUGAGAAAGUUGUGGUUGUGGAGUAUGUUCCUAAUGGAACCCUCAGAGAACAUUUGGAUUGUCUGCACGGCAACAUUCUUGACCUUGCGGCGCGGCUUGACAUUGCAAUCGAUGUGGCUCAUGCUGUCACCUAUCUUCAUAUGUACACAGAUCAUCCGAUAAUCCAUAGAGACAUAAAAUCUUCCAACAUUCUCCUAACAGAGAACUUCAGGGCAAAGGUAGCUGACUUUGGUUUUGCUAGGCUUGCUGCUGAUAGUGAUUCAGGUGCCACUCAUGUGUCUACUCAAGUUAAAGGCACCGCUGGCUACUUGGACCCUGAGUACCUCAGAACCUAUCAACUUACAGACAAGAGUGAUGUUUACUCAUUUGGUGUGUUACUAGUUGAACUAGUUACAGGCAGGCGUCCGAUUGAACCAAAACGGGAACUCAAGGAACGGAUAACUGCAAAAUGGGCUAUGAAGAAGUUUAGUGAUGGAGAUGCUCUUUUAAUUUUGGAUCCCAGGCUGGAAAAGAGUGCAGCCAAUAAUUUAGCCAUUGAAAAGAUUCUUGAACUAUCCUUGCAAUGCUUGGCUCAACGUAGACAGCACCGGCCUAGCAUGAAGAGGUGCGCGGAGAUCCUCUGGAGCAUCCGAAAGGACUAUAAAGAGAUAUCAGUUCCAGACUUUCGUUCAUCUUCCACCCGUUCGCAAAGGAGCAUUUUAACAGAGUAACAAAAUCAUUAGAGCCUUCAAGUGAAGGCCUCCCAAUGAAUGGAUGGAUAUCUGUGUGUGAGAAGAGAUUGAACACCAAGCAAAGUUUUGUUUUCAAAAAAAAGAACCAAACAGUAAAUAUGUUAGUAAGCCUCAGUGGAAAGCAAAAUAAUUUCUUGACAAUUGGAUCUGAAGCCAUUGCUUUGAAGGAUACAAUCAGCUUGCUAUAGACCCAAGUCAAUUUAUUCUUUAGGUUUGAGUGGUGUAUAGCAUACCUAGAUUGAUAUUGAACUAUGCAUGUUUUGAGUGUUUCUGGAAUUUUUGUAUACUAUUCUUGGGGGUUAUGUAGUGAACAAAAGCAAAUUGUAUUUGAGCCGUUGAAAUACCAUAUGGUAUAACCCUCAAAAACCAUUAGUGUGCAAAGAAUAUUUUGUACUUUAUGUAUGUCUUUUACAUUA